CUAAGCAUUGAGUUCAUAAUGUGAGAUUCAGAUCGGUCUGUUCAGGUCCAGAGUCAAAUUCAUCACCUGCUUGCUUUCUUAUGUCUUUCCCAAGCACCCCGCAGGUGAUUUUGUCUCUCCUGGAUCUUUCCUAGAAGAAACAGGACACACACUGUGUAUAAUGCUGUUUGCUUCCCUUGUGUAUGCCUUUCACAAUGCAGCUAUUCUCCCCCUCUGCCCUUCAGCCUGUGAUUGGACUUUGAGUGUUCUGUGAAUAAUCUGUAACCUAUACAGCAGAGCAGAAUAGCUGGAAAUUCAUUCAGGUGUUACGGAUCUGGAUAGCUCAGCUGGAGGUGUGGGUGCAGGUGUGCUGCUGUCUGUGCCAUCCCAUAGACCAGCCCAUCACUGCACAAAGGCAUCUAUCCCAGCUUAACUGCCCCAGCAGAAGCAGCACUCCUUGGCUGUUCUCAGUCACAGGAGUUAAGCUGGUCGUAGGAAUUAUAAAAAGGAAUGCACCGUACAGUGAAUUUUCCACCUCUUGUGUAUGAAGCAUUUACCUCUCUGCAAUAUGUACUUUCCAGAGAGAGUGGUGAGGUGCUGGAACAGCUGCCCAGAGAGGCUGUGGAUGCCCCGUCCAUCCCUGGAGGUGUUCAAGGCCAGUCUUCCCAGUCCCACUGGCUGACAGCAGAGGAGAGGAACCAAGUUCUGCUGGAUCUCAAAGCUUCAGGCUGGUCUGAGUCAGGCGAAAGAGAUGCCAUCUACAAAGAGUUCAAUUUCAAAAAUUUCAAUCAGGGAACAAAGGACAAAACUGAAGCUACGGACCCGCCUUGUGCUUGGGAGAGUCAUCCUGCAGUGAAAACAAAGGACUUUGGGGCGUUUGGAUUUAUGACACGAGUUGCUCUACAGGCAGAGAAGAUGAAUCACCACCCAGAAUGGUUCAACGUCUACAACAAGGUAACGUGUCCACCAGCCUGAAUUACACACACAGACCAAAGCACUGGCCCAUCUUCUUGCACUGUCAUGUGCUAAUUGGUGGCAGAAGGCAAGAUGUGAGAUGUUGGGCUCUGCUGAUGCUGACUGUACUGGGGAUAUUGAUAUUAAAACCUAAAAAAGACCCGGAUUCAAGCAACGUGCUCCAAUGUUCUUUU